GUGGAAGCUGAUGGUACGAUCGUUAAACCACAAGAAGUUCAAAGUGUUACAGCAAUGGUUGCACAAAGAUAUAGUGUCUUGAUCACAAUGAAUCAAAAGCCAGGAGCAUACUUUUUCCACGCAGAACAAGCAACUGAUAUGUUUGCAUACACACCCGCAAGUUUGAUCACAAUGCAAUCAGCCGUAUUGCGAUAUGCAGGUAUUCCAGACAGUAUCAUGCCAGAUGCCAACGUAACCACCAACACAAAUGUUACGCAAUCUCUCGAUGAUUCAACACUUGUGCCUUUAAUUCCUCAAAUUGCACCUUUACCAAGCAAACAAGAUACUCUAUCGAUCGCUUUUUCGUUAGCAAGUGAUAAUCAAUUGUAUGCAUUCUUGAACGAUACUUCAUGGUCAGCCACUCCAGGCGAUGCAACAUUAUAUGAUGUCGUUUCAGCGCAAAGACAAAAAGUUUCAUUCACAACUCAACAAUUAGUAAUCACAAAUGAUGAUGUGGUGGUUUGGGAUUUAAUUUGGAAUAAUGAAGAUGAUGGUGACCAUCCUGUUCAUUUACACGGUUACAAUCCAUGGAUUCUAGGAUCUGGUCAAGGUCAUUACCAAUAUGGAAAAUCCUUGAAUCUUUCACAAACGUUCGAUAACCCAAUGAGAAGAGAUACUUUCCGUGUGCCGGUUUAUGGAUGGGCUGCGAUCAGAGUUGUAUUGAAUAAUCCAGGUAUUUGGGCUUUACAUUGUCAUAUCGGAUGGCAUAUGGAAGUUGGCUUUUUGACACAGUUGAACGUCUUGCCUUCUAAACUUGCACAACAGACUAUCAAUCCAUACGCUGCCGCUCAAUGUGGUAAAGCUUCUCUUGCAUCAUCUUGAUAGUCAG